UUAUGUUAAUUUAAAGGAAAAGAUUUUAAUCGCACAAGUGACUGGAAGGACAAAAAGGUAACCUAUAAUGCCCUUUUAACUUCAUAGUAUCAGGUGAUUCCAUACCAUCCAUUGAUUCGAGAAUAACUUAAUCUGAAAUCCAGUCAAAAAAGUUCAGUAGAAUAUUUUGUAGAAUUUAUGUAAAAAUACUUUUUUUACUCUAUAGAAUGCUCUAUGUAGUCAUUUUGUAGAAUCGUUCUAUAGAUUGAGGAAAAUAGAAUUUAACUUAAAUAUUUUAAUUUUUCAUUAUCUUGAAAUUGUAUUAUUCUUUCGAUAAAUUACCUAAUUGACGUCGAGGUAUAAUGAUAUGCACUAUAGAUUAUUUAUUGUUUACUAGAACUCAGUUGACGAUAAACCGGUUGAACGCAGAAGAGGUUUUGAACAGUUUCCUUCUCCUCUGAUAAAAAAAAAUUGAUUAGACGAGUUUCCUAGGCAAAUGAAAGUACUCCUAAUUUAAAGCCAUUGUGUAGACGCAUCAUAUAAUUCUAGUUUGCAAAUUAAGCCCCUUAAAAAGUCAAUUCUUUCGCAAAUGAACAGCUAGGAUUUUGGAGCAAGUCAUUCUUGACUCAGGGGACGCGAAGGAAUCACCUGAUAGCAAGGAGUUGAAGAGCAUCAUUGGAAUACAAAAAUACUCUCUUGAUUAAGAAAUGACACAAGGAAAGUUGUACGUUUUAUACACAUCCAUUAAACUUACCAAGCUUAGUUGAAUUUAUCUACAUAGUUUGUCAAAAUGGACUACGCCUUUUUACGACAAGUUUUAGUUGGACUCGUAUGUAACCUCCUAAUAAUGGAUAGUGGUUUUCACGAAGGUUGGAGUACGCCGUUACUGCCAAAAUUGAAAAAAGAUAAGUCGCUAUCAAUCGAGGAUCAUGAGACCGGAUGGAUAAUAAAUUUUCUCUAUGUGGGAGUCGGUUUAGGUUCACUGAUUCCAUUUCUUCUUAUGGAUACGAUAGGCAGAAAAGGCACCCUUCUCGUAGCCUCAGUUCCCAAAAUUUGCAGUUGGAUUCUUCUUGGUUUUGCAACCAAUGUGACAACAAUCUACAUUGGACGAAUGUUAGCAGGUGUUGGUUGUGGAGUGACAUACUCAGUAGCACCAAUUUAUUUGGGUGAAAUCACUAGUAAACAUACAAGAGGUCUCCUCAGUACUAUGAUGGCAGUUCUUAUCAAUAUUGGAAUGCUGAUUAUUUACGCCUUAGGUCUUCAUUUUUCCCGACUCACAUCAUCGAUGAUUGCAAUUUCCGUGCCAAUUAUUUUCCUGAUGUGUUUCAUUUGGCUUCCAGAAACGGCUGUUUAUUUGACGAAGAAAAACCGUCUCACUAGUGCUGAGAGAACACUUCAAUGGGCCUUAAAUAGAAAAAAUGUUGAUGAAGAACUAGACGAAAUCAAAAGAAUAGUAUAUAGCGAAAGUAAAGAGAGUAACACAUUCCUUGAAUCGUUAAUGGACAUCUAUAGAAAAAGUGAAAGUAGACGAGCUUUUAAGGUGGUGAUGAUUCUUUUGAGCGCAUUGACUCUCAGUGGAGCGCCGCCAAUUUUAGCCUAUCAAUCAGAGACAUUUAGUAAGGCAGGUUAUGCAUUUUCAGUGGAUAUUAUCAUUGUGAUUUCGGGUUGUACGUUAGUAUUAGCGGGAUGUGUUUGUGUGGCAACUGUUAAAACUACCGGAAAACGAUUGUUGCUUUUGAUAUCAGCACCAAUUGCUACAACAUCUUUGGCAACUGUGGCAGUUUUUUAUACAUUACAGGUGAAUGGAUUCGAUGUAUCUGCUAUCCGAUGGAUUCCAAUUCUAGGCGUUGUGGUUUACAUCCUUUCCUAUGGAUUGGCAUUAAAUCCAAUACCAAUCGCUUAUAUCGGAGAAAUAUUUCCCAAUGAAGUCAAAGUUCCUGCCGCUAUUUUUUGCGCGUUAUAUUAUGCGAUUGCUUCAGUUGUUGUAGUCGAAUUUUACCAGAUAAUAGAAAAGUCUUAUGGAACAUACUUGUCAUUCUGGAGUUUUUCUGUUAUUACUUUGAUCUUGACAUACCUCAUUUACUUGUACGUACCUGAAACUGAAGGGAAGAGCUUGGAAGAAAUUCAAACAGAAUUAAAAGGAAAGAAGGCUAUUUGCGAGGAAAUGACUGAUUUAAAAGAGUGCUCAUAAGUUAUUACUUACAUCUCUGUGAUGAUUUUUUGCCAAGGCAGGAGUGACAAUCAUUCAGUGUGCUUUGAAAAUCAAUAUUGAUCUUGCGUAAAAGAAAAAGUUUAAAAAAAAUUAUGUCAACUGAAUUUUUUUUUGAGUUUUAUUGAAUGUACUUUUAUUAUAAAAAAAAACUUUUUUGUUUGUAUUUUUAUGUUUAAAUUCUUGCCUUAUGAGAGUAAGGAUUUCUUAUUUUCUAUAAAAUAGAUUAUACCUAGUUAAAAA